AUGUUUCGAAAACCCGCCGAAGACGAUGAUUACAGUGCAAGAAAAGUGGUGAAAGCCAAACCAAUCGCCGAAAAAUAUGCAAAAAAGCUUGGAACACAAUUUGCGACUGGGAAAGAGUUUGUGACAAGCAGUUCGAAGACGCAAACUCAGUUUUAUGGAGAAGUUAUGAGGAAUGAAGAGAAAAGCGAGGUAUUGACAGAGGAUGAGAAGAACAAAAUAUCGGCGAAAAUUUUGAAGGCAGAAUUGAAAGGAGAUAGCGAAUUGGUGAAAAAACUGAAAAGGAAGUUGGAAGCUGGUGUGAGUUCUGCAGAAGAGCCUCCAACAUCGAAAUCUAAGGAGGUUAUGUUGAUGAGAAGAGAUCGAGAAGGAAAUAUUCUUCCUGCUUCUUCGAAAAAAUCCGAUCGAGAUAGACAUGGAGAAGUGAGUUGGAAAGACGAUUAAUCGAUUAUUCAGCCAACUGUUUAUUCCAGGGAUCAUCUCGAAUGCGUCGCGAAUAUGAAAAAUCUCAAGAUUUGGAUGAUAUGAUCAAAGAAGAAAAAACUGGAACAUCAGCCGAUCAAUUACGACUUUUUGAAAGAUCUCUAGUGGUAAGAUCUUAGGUUUCCAUUCAUAGAAACAAUUUUUGUUUUAGAAAAGUUCGAAAAUUCGUCGACACGAUGAUGAAAGUGUUGACGAUAUUGCUGAAAUGCAAAAAGGAAGGAAGAAAACUGAUGAGAAGGAUGAGAGGAAGCGGGAAAAACAAGCUGUUAAAGGUGAGCAUUUUUGAGCGGGAAGGCAAGGGUUAUGGUUUCAAGAUGAGCCUUUAGAGCUUCUAUGGCAAGUAGCCGAUGUUAGACAGUCAUAUUGUCAAGUAACAGCGCCUAGAGAACCUAAUUGUCUAGGUGAAACAUCUAGAGAUUAAUUCUGGCAAGCUGUCGAGCCUUGAGAGCUUCCAUGGCAAGUAGCCGAGCCUAGAAGACCUAGUUGUCAAGUAGCUGAGCCUAGAGAACAUAAUUAUCUAGGACUUGUAUCUAGAUUUCCGCUAUGACAAGGAGCCACGUCUUGAGAGCAACGGUGUCUCGGCACGCUGCCUUAAGAGCUGUUAUGUCAAGUAGGCAAUCCUAUAAGGCCGUGGUGUCUAGAGAGAACGCCUAGAAAGUCCAAUUUUCAAGGAUCAGUGCCUAUAAAGCCUUGUCUUCAAGUGGUUGCUCCUUGAGAGUCUGAUUGACAAGGAGCAGCGCCUAUGGAGCCUAGUUUUUAACUAGACGCUCCUAGAGAAUUCGAUUAUCAAGGAUUAGCGCCUAGAGAGUAUAGGAUUUUUCAGAAUUCGAAACUUUUUACCCCUCAAAUAUCCCCCAUUCAAUAUAAUCUCCUGUCCUGUCCAAUUCGAAUUAUUGUCUGCAUCCAAUUUUGUUCAAAAGGUGAUAACCUUUUUUGUAUUGUGUUGCAAAAAAGCGUCUAAACCCCAAAAAUUUCGUCGAAAAACGAUAUCAUAUAUCUUCUCUCUUUCUCCUACAAAAAUCGAUUCGCUUACGUAGAAGACAUGUUUAGGUGUGGAUAUGAUUAAUACAUCUUCACUUUAUCAUUUUUUUUGUCAGAUAUUUUUAGCCAACAAUUGUUUCCUUGUUGUAGUAAAUUUGGAUCAGUUUAAAUGUUUUUUGGAAAUUAGAUUUUAUGAUUUUGUUUUUGAAAAAUAAAAUUCUGGGUGAACAUUCUCUGGUAGAAUUCAUAUUCCCAUCAUUUUUAUUAUGUGUUUUAUCAAAGUUAAGUUUAGAUUUGAUAAAAAUAAUCCAUCAUAAAUGGAAGCAAAAUGCGGCCUUGUCAUUGACCAAAUUCCUUCUUUUUUUUAUCUUUUUAGAUGUUGCUAUUUGUAAUCUUUAAGCUUCCGUGUUGAUAGAUAAGUCGCUGAGCCUUGAAAACCUUAUUGCCUAAGACCCGCGUCUAGAGAUUCACUCUGUCAAGCAGCCAAUCCUAGAAAUUCUAGUUGUGACGUAGUCGAGUCGAUUUUUCCAUAGUCAUUCCAGAAAAUGAAUAAAAUUUAAUAUGGUUUUUAAUUUUCUAGAAAAACAUGUUAUUACAUUAGUAAAUAGGAAAAAUCACAUAACAUGUCUUUUUCGUUUUUCGAGAUCAUUCGAUCAAGAAAAGAGUGUAGUUUGAUAAGUACAACAAAAUUUUGAGAGAUUUAGAGAGAUGGACUUGGUUAUUUCGCAUAGACGCUUUCAAAGCGCAGCUCCUUGCCAGGGGAGAUCUCUAGACGCGGGUCCUAGACAACUAGGUUUUCUAGGCGCAACUGCUUGACAGCUAGAGUUUCUAAGCCCGGUUACUUGAAAUAGAAGCUCUCAAUGCGUAGCUUCUUGCCAGAGUAGAUCUCUAGACACGGGUCCUAGACAACUAGGUUGUCUAGGCUCGGCUACUUGACACAUAAGGCUUUUAUGAGUUAGAAAUCCUCUCUAAUCUCUAAUUUUUUGAAUUAAAAUGUACAUAGACUGCAGUUUUCACUUUUGAAAACCACGUCAUAACAUUUUUAUGAAUAUUGAUUUUGCGGAUUUCGAUCAUUUCCUAUAAUUCAAUUUCCCGACCAUUAUAACCUAGCUUAUCUCAAUCGAAUUUUUUUUUGAUAAUUCUACAAAUUUAGUUCAUCUUCCCUUUUUGUGUUUUGAUUUGCCCUUCCGUUUUUUAUAUGAAAAAAAUCGUGUCUUUCUUUUUUCAAAUCAAUUAUUUUCAUCAGUUGGUCAAAUUUCAUUUCUGCAAGUCAUUUGAAAACAUGAAAUAACAACAACAUGUUUAUUGCAUAUAUUCUUUGAUCUACUCAAAAACCGACCGAAAUAUAUUUGACCAGAAUAAACAUCGGAUGGUUUUUUGAGGGUUUGAAUGGACAAAAAAAGUCGAACCGAUCACUGAUAAUUGAUAUCGACAAAAAGAAGACACGCGCGGUUCAAAACAUUGUUUGAAUGAUCAAAAAUCUGAACUUUUUUGUCAAGUGAAACCUGAAACCAAUGCGCGGCGAAUCAAUACAGACACAAAUUUUUUUUGAAGAAACUAGAUAAUUAACAAUAAUUCAUAUUAGUAAAGUGGUCAUUUUUUAUGCUGUUCGAGUGGCAGAAAAGAGAAAGUUCUUUGAAAUAUUCUUCCUGGGUCUCUGCAAGAUUUUGUUUGCCAAAUAUAAAAUAAUUAUGAUAUGAUAUUGAUGUUCAUAGCCAUGUGACUUGACUGAAAACUAGAUAAUAUUACAAUAAAUAUUGAAUGCUUAUCAUAACUUGUUGGAGGAAUCCUUGAAGACUUUCUGUUUCUUCAGGUGAACUUGUGCAAGCAUCACAUAAACAAAGAAAAUGCGCUCUAAUGCACUACGAUUAUUUGCAGACGAUCUUUUCUAGAAAACCACCAGCUCUUUGGCACUCUUUCAAAUAA